CUUUUAGACGAAAGCUGACUGUCUGAGCUGUCUUAAAAUCCACUUAAAUACUGAAAAGACAUAUCUGAUCUGAAUGGAGUUCCCAGUAGGCAGCAACGGUGUUCAUCUGGCUGCAUACAGACCCAGACUUCCUCUGACGGUACCCAAUGUGAAGCCAACACCUGAAGGCUUUGAUGAGUCUGGGGACUGUCCGUGCUAUGGCGAUGGGACCAGUGUAGCAUCCCUCGGAUCUCAUGCCCUGACUGGUUAUGAGACUCUGGACUCUCCGCCACACUAUGAUUUCUAUGCCAACACAGAAGUGUGGGGGCGACGGAGGCGUUUCAGACCGUCACUGUACCAGCUGCACGCAAACCCUGAGGUCGACGCUAGUCCUCCCUUGUAUGAGGAGACAACAGGUGGAAAUAUGGAAGGAGGAGACAGCUCUGAGGGCGAUGAAGAUGAGCAGAAGGAUCCUCCACCUGAACCUACUCGUUUCGGCUGGGUACAGGGAGUCAUGAUCCGUUGCAUGUUAAACAUCUGGGGGGUGAUCUUGUACCUGAGGUUGCCUUGGAUCACUGCUCAAGCUGGAAUAGGUCUGACCUGGGUGAUUAUCCUGCUCUCCUCUUGUAUCACUGGGAUCACCGGUCUCUCCACCUCAGCCAUCGCUACCAACGGCAAGGUCAAAGGAGGUGGGACCUACUUCCUGAUCAGUCGUAGCCUCGGUCCAGAGCUGGGUGGGUCCAUCGGUCUAAUCUUUGCUUUUGCCAAUGCUGUAGCUGUGGCCAUGCACACUGUGGGUUUUGCUGAGACUGUUACAGACCUCAUGUUUGAACAUGGAGCUGUCAUGGUGGACCGAACCAAUGACAUCCGAAUCAUUGGCAUCAUCACUGUCACGUGUCUACUUGGUAUCUCAAUGGCUGGCAUGGCUUGGGAGUCAAAGGCCCAGAUUUUGUUUUUCCUGGUCAUCAUGGUGUCAUUUGCCAGUUACAUUGUUGGAACAAUCAUCCCUGCUACAGCACAGAAACAAGCCAAGGGUUUCUUUAGCUACAAAGCUGAUAUCUUUGCUGCCAAUUUUGUUCCCAACUGGCGAGGACCAGAGGGCAGCUUCUUUGGCAUGUUCUCCAUUUUCUUCCCCUCUGCCACGGGCAUCCUGGCAGGAGCUAACAUCUCUGGAGAUCUCAAGGAUCCAACAGUGGCCAUCCCCAGAGGAACGCUGUCCGCAAUAUUCUGGACCACAAUAUCCUACCUCAUCAUCACUGCAACCAUAGGAUCGUGUGUGGUGCGGGAUGCAUCUGGACUGUUAAACGACACACUGUUACUGUCCUCCUCUCCUGAGGACUGUGUUGGUUUAGCCUGCCAGUAUGGAUGGGACUUCACAGGGUGCAUCAACAGUAGCACAUGUACCUAUGGCAUCAGUAACUACUAUCAGUCGAUGAGCCUGGUGUCAGCCUUCGCCCCUCUCAUCACUGCUGGGAUAUUUGGGGCGACACUGUCCUCUGCUUUGGCCUGCCUGGUGUCCGCUCCCAAAGUCUUCCAGUGUCUGUGUAAGGACAAACUCUACCCUCUCAUUGGCAUUUUUGGCAAAGGCUACGGCAAGAAUGAUGAACCGCUCAGAGGCUACCUGCUAACAUACAUCAUCGCUGUCUGCUUCAUCCUCAUUGCCGAGCUAAACACCAUCGCUCCCAUCAUCUCCAACUUCUUCCUCUGCUCAUACUGCCUGAUCAACUUCAGCUGCUUCCAUGCCUCAAUCACCAACUCACCAGGUUGGCGUCCAUCCUUCAGGUUCUACAGUAAGUGGCUGUCGUUACUGGGCUCUCUGUGUUGUGCGGUUAUAAUGUUCCUGCUGAACUGGUGGGCAGCACUCAUUGCCUUUGGCAUCGUCUUCCUCCUUUUGGGAUACACACUCUACAAGAAGCCUGCUGUAAACUGGGGCUCAUCGAUGCAGGCGAGCUCCUACAACAUGGCUCUGAACCAGUGUGUAGGCCUCAACCAUGUGGAGGACCAUGUCAAGAACUACAGACCCCAGUGUUUGGUGCUAACAGGCCCCCCCAGCAGUCGCCCGGCUCUGGUGGAUCUCGCCUCCUGUUUCACGAAGCAUCUCAGUCUCAUGAUGUGUGGCUAUGUGGUCACUGCUGAUCCAGGCAUGGCCUCCCCAUCAGUGGUGGAAAAGGCGAGCAGCGACAGUCAUGUUACCUGGUUGAACCGACGGAAAGUUAAGGCUUUCUACAGAGGUGUAGUCGCCACAGAGCUACGAUCAGGAGUCAACAUGCUGCUACAGGGGGCAGGUUUGGGUCGUAUUAAGCCAAAUGUUCUGCUGAUGGGUUUCAAGAAUGACUGCUAUUGUGACACACCUCAGGCUGCACACAACUACAUAACAAUAUUGCAUGAUGCCUUUGACCUUCAGUACGGUGUGUGCAUGCUGAGAAUGAAGGAGGGACUAGAUGUGUCUCAUCCAUCUCAAUCACAUGUCAAUCCAGGCUUUGAUGGAGGACAAGAGGUUAUAAACACCAUCUCUGCUCCUUCCUGCAUUCAAACAAGAACUACAUCUUCCGUCUCCAUUGAAGCAGAGCCUCAGCCUUCUACAAUGUUCCAGAAAAAACAAGGAAAGAAGACCAUCGACGUAUACUGGCUGUCCGAUGACGGAGGUCUGACCCUGUUGCUGCCCUACCUGCUGACUCGGAGGAAGCGCUGGGCCAAAUGUAAGGUCCGAGUGUUUGUUGGGGGAGAAACGGACAAGAAAGAAGAGCAGAGAGAGGAGGUGCUGGCACUGAUCAAGAAGUUUCGUCUUGGUUUCCAUGACGUUGAAGUGCUUCCAGACAUCAACCAGAGCCCCCAGCCUGCAAAUGUCCAUCAGUUUGAGGACAUGGUGGGUCACUUCAGGCUGGACACAAAUCUCAAACAGCACUCUGAUUCUGGGCCAGCGAGGCAGCAGGAGGAGUCGUGGAUGAUCACUGAGCAGGAUCUAGAGAGGAACAAGGCCAAGUCUCUCCGUCAGAUUCGUCUAAAUGAGGUCCUGCAGGAUUAUUCAAGAGAAGCUGCUCUGAUUGUUAUCACCAUGCCAGUGGGGAGAAGAGGGGUGUGUCCCAAUACUCUGUACAUGGCAUGGCUGGAUUUCUUAUCACGUGAUCUGAGACCUCCAGUCCUGUUGGUCAGAGGAAAUCAAGAAAACGUCCUCACCUUCUACUGCCAAUGAAAUGCCCCCUUAAGACCAGAAUACACUAAAUCUAAUUAAUGCACUAAUGUGCUGACAUUAUUAUUCUUGAUUUAGACAUGUCAGUGCAUUGGUGAUUGUUUAUGAUCAUCUAAUUCUGUAAAUAAUGUAUGAUUCCUGUAAUGACCAUGUGCUGGCUCUUAAAUUCGAAAUCUUAAUUGUGCACACAUUAAUAAGUCCUGUAAAUCACUGACGGGAACA